GAGAGACGCAAGGAGAGCCAGAGACCGGGAGGGACAAAACCAGAAAGAAGCCGGCCAGCCGGGGCAGAGGAAUAAGAGUCACAGUAGCCAGCGGCAGAGAGAAGGCGGCAGAAACAGGGUCUGCACGGGACACAGUCAAAGGCCAGAGAGCUGGAACCGGCGCAGGAAACGUGCCAGGGCGGGCAGAGGAGAGGGGAGCCGGCUGCGACCGCGAGUCAGGAGGGGCUGGGGGGCCGGAGGCGCCCCGCCCCGCCCCAGCCCUUAAAUCCCGGGCUCAGCCCGCGGCUCGUAGAUCGGGCCCGACACGCACGGCCCGUGCAGGUCGCCGGGAGGCGGUGGAGCCGCAGACCGGACUGACCAGAGCGAGGGCUGCAGGCAGGGGAGCGGCGGGACGGGGCGGAGGCUCGGGCUUCACCGCGCGCCUCGCCUCCCGUGCAGGACCCGGAGGACCCCCUGGAGGACGCGCCCGGCCCUGCGCUGCCGAUGCCGCCGCCCAGGCUGACGGCGCUGGCCUCGGCGCGGGCGCGGCUGCUGCUGGCGCUGGUGGCCGGGCUGGCGCGCUGGGGCGCGGGCGCCGGCUCGGUGCGCCUGGCGGGCGGCCUCACGCUGGGCGGGCUGUUCCCGGUGCACGCGCGGGGCGCGGCGGGCCGGGCGUGCGGGCCGCUCAAGAAGGAGCAGGGCGUGCACCGGCUCGAGGCCAUGCUGUACGCGCUGGACCGCGUGAACGCCGACCCCGCGCUGCUGCCCGGCGUGCGCCUGGGCGCGCGGCUGCUGGACACCUGCUCGCGGGACACCUAUGCGCUGGAGCAGGCGCUGAGCUUCGUGCAGGCGCUGAUCCAGGGCCGCGGCGACGGCCACGACGCGGUGCGCUGCCCCGGGGGCGCCCCUCCGCUGCGCGCCGCGCCCCCCGAGCGCGUGGUGGCCGUGGUGGGCGCCUCGGCCAGCUCCGUGUCCAUCAUGGUGGCCAACGUCCUGCGCCUGUUCGCGAUCCCCCAGAUCAGCUACGCCUCCACCGCCCCAGAGCUCAGCGACUCCACUCGCUAUGACUUUUUCUCCCGAGUGGUGCCGCCCGACUCCUACCAGGCCCAGGCGAUGGUGGACAUCGUGCGGGCACUGGGGUGGAACUACGUGUCCACGCUGGCUUCCGAGGGCAACUACGGCGAGAGUGGGGUGGAGGCCUUCGUGCAGAUCUCCCGUGAGGCUGGUGGGGUCUGCAUCGCUCAGUCCAUCAAGAUUCCUCGGGAACCAAGGCCAGGCGAGUUCAACAAAGUGAUCAAGAGGCUCAUGGAGACGCCCAACGCACGAGGCAUCAUCAUCUUCGCCAACGAGGACGACAUCAGGAGGGUCCUAGAGGCCACACGCCAGGCCAACCUGACUGGCCACUUCCUAUGGGUCGGCUCGGACAGCUGGGGGUCCAAGAUCUCGCCUAUCCUAAGCCUGGAGGAUGUGGCUGUGGGGGCCAUCACCAUCCUGCCCAAAAGGGCCUCCAUUGAUGGGUUUGACCAGUACUUCAUGACGCGCUCCCUGGAGAACAACCGCAGAAACAUCUGGUUCGCCGAGUUCUGGGAAGAGAAUUUUAACUGCAAACUGACCAGCUCGGGCAACCAGGCUGACGAUUCCGUCCGCAAGUGCACAGGCGAGGAACGCAUCGGCCAAGACUCGGCCUACGAGCAGGAAGGGAAGGUGCAGUUUGUAAUCGACGCCGUGUACGCCAUCGCGCAUGCGCUGCACAGCAUGCACCAGGCACUGUGCCCCGGGCACUUGGGACUGUGCCCAGCGAUGGAGCCCACGGACGGGCGGACCCUGCUGCAGUACAUCCGGGCGGUCCGCUUCAACGGCAGCGCGGGGACCCCAGUGAUGUUCAACGAGAAUGGAGAUGCACCUGGGCGUUAUGACAUCUUCCAGUACCAAGCGACCAACGGCAGCGCCCACAGCGGCGGGUACCAGGUGGUUGGCCAGUGGGCAGAGGCCCUCAGGCUGGACGUGGAAGCCUUGCUGUGGUCCGGGGGCCAGCGCGAGGUCCCCACAUCGCUGUGCAGCCUCCCCUGCGGGCCAGGAGAGCGGAAGAAGAUGGUGAAGGGCGUGCCCUGCUGCUGGCAUUGCGAGGCCUGCGACGGCUACCGCUUCCAAGUGGACGAGUUCACGUGUGAGUCCUGUCCCGGGGACAUGAGGCCCAUGCCCAACCACACGGGCUGCCGCCCCACGCCCGUGGUGCGCCUCACCUGGGCCUCCCCCUGGGCCGCCUUGCCCCUGCUGCUGGCCGUGCUGGGCAUCAUGGCCACCACCACAGUGGUGGGCACCUUCGUGCGACACAACGACACCCCCAUCGUGCGCGCCUCGGGCCGAGAGCUCAGCUACGUGCUGCUGACCGGCAUCUUCCUCAUCUACGCCAUCACCUUCCUUAUGGUGGCGGAGCCCGGGGCGGCUGUCUGCGCAGCCCGCAGGCUCUUCCUUGGCCUGGGCACUACCCUCAGCUACUCCGCCCUGCUCACCAAGACCAACCGCAUCUACCGCAUCUUCGAGCAGGGCAAGCGCUCCGUCACCCCACCGCCCUUCAUCAGCCCCACGUCGCAGCUGGUCAUCACCUUCAGUCUCACCUCCCUGCAGGUGGUGGGUGUGAUAGCCUGGCUGGGGGCCCAGCCCCCACACAGUGUGAUCGACUACGAGGAGCAGCGCACGGUGGACCCGGAGCAGGCCAGGGGUGUGCUCAAGUGUGACAUGUCGGAUCUGUCCCUUAUCGGCUGCCUGGGCUACAGCCUGCUGCUCAUGGUCACCUGUACGGUGUAUGCGGUCAAGGCCCGAGGGGUCCCCGAGACCUUCAAUGAGGCCAAGCCCAUCGGCUUCACCAUGUACACCACCUGCAUCAUCUGGCUGGCCUUCGUGCCCAUCUUCUUUGGCACCGCCCAGUCUGCCGAAAAGAUCUACAUCCAGACAACCACGCUGACCGUGUCCUUGAGCCUGAGCGCCUCGGUAUCCCUCGGCAUGCUCUACGUGCCCAAGACCUACGUCAUCCUGUUCCACCCUGAGCAGAACGUGCAGAAGCGCAAGCGGAGCCUCAAGGCCACAACCACGGCGGCUGCGCCCCCAAAAGGGGAGGAGAAAGAGGACCCCAAGUAACCACAAUGGGCUGCCCCUCUCCCUCCUCCCUGCCCCUCUGACCACCUCGUAGUUCUGGCCUCUGGGAGUGCGAGGAACAGGGGUCCACGCCGGACACGAUGAAUGCACAGCCUCGCCUGAUCCCAUCCAUACCGCUGGGGUUCUUGGGCUCCACAUUUGUGCCCCGGGGGCCAUGCUUCCUCCCAGUGAGGCUGCUCCAGAGGAGGCCAAAAGGGCAGCACUGGCCCUUGAGAGCCACUGCCCCUUGUGUCUGAUGCGCCUUGGGGCUGGUGGUAGGAGAGCUCUGAAGGAGAAGGCCUGCACCCCACUGCAGGGGAAUUUGGGUCCCUGUGUGAGGUCACCACUUCCAGGAAGAGUGGCCCUCGGCCCCAGCGUCUCCCUUAACCCCUUCCCCCAACCAGCGGAUCCAAGUGCACUCUGCUGAGGGGAGGCCACUGGCCUCUGUGGGGCAGACACCGUCGGCUGAGGCUGUUCCAGAGCUCCACAGUGGGACCAGGGACAGCUUUUUGUGUCCAUGGUGAAGACCGGUCUCAAGUGUAUAAUUUAGGGUGGACCUAACAACUCUCCUUUCUGGACGUUUUUCUGAGCAAUGGAAAAUGCUUGGGGUGUAGAUGCCUGAGUGUUCAUUUCUCAGUCAUCUUUCUAACAAAAACCUACUCAGUGUUGGAAUUUUGUUUUCAUGGAUAUGGAAUUUACCCGUGCUGAGCUGGCUGUUUUAUGAUCCAGAACUCUCUGGUAGCUAAUGUCCAUGACAAAGCACAAAGGAGACCCACACUACGUGCAAGCUGAAGACCCUCUGACGCCCCGAGCCCUGACUGUGGGCUGCUUUCUGGAGAAGGACGUUGCUGGGGUGCAGAUUCACCCCUCGCUGCCCAGUGGGAGCUGUGAAUCUCAUUUAUUGCUGACUGCUUUUCAAAAGUCAUGGUGCUGUGGGGCUUCUCUUCCGUGGGAGUCUUCUGACAUGCGUAUCAGCACUUUUGUGGGGUUUCUUCCUACGUGAACACUUGGAGAGUCAGCAAGCUCAGAUCGCCAAAUGAGUUUUCCCAUUUGCUGUUUUCUUAGUAUGUAGUCCAAGUAGUCCAUGUGUACAUGAAGUCACUCCCUUUGAUCAUGCUCCGACGUUUAGUGACAGGUUGACAGCUCCCUCAGGGUUCCCUGGUUUUUGGCUACACAGUGUUAGUGCCCGGAUGUCCAGUCCAGUGCUGAAGUCCUGGAGGAAGGACUGUGCUUUUUCUGUGCGUUCUCCUAGGAUGGGAUCUCUUCUGCUGGCUAAGAGUUGGGCCCUACCUGAAGGCUUUCUCACGUUGUUCGUCAUCUGGCAUUAUUUCUGUCUGGUGAGAACUACGCAGUUCAGCAAGAGUGCACUCAGGAGCAGGGCUCCACUACCGUUUAGUACAGGACGGCUUUCCCUCGGGCAUGAGUUCUCCAAAGCAGAGUGGGAUGACACCUUAGCGCCUGGCUGCUGCACUUUCCAUGUGGUCUCCAAGGUGCUGAGACCUCCGCCUAAGAGGGCUUUUCCCUGUUAUAUUCUUACGCUUUAUCACCAGUGUGAAUUUUUGACACAUCGAUGGCACGUUGUCACAUCUCCAUUCCCCGUACUCCAUUACACACAUUGCCUCCUCUUUUAGGCUCUGAAUUCUUACUAAAUAAACGUCACUUCUCCCCAGAGCUUUGUGGUUUUCUGUUACCUCUUUUUGUAUUUUUCAGUCUUAGGGAUUUCUAAAAUGAACAGAAUACACAAUUCCAAAAAUAUCCACCGUCGUUAUUUUGAAUA